CGUCGCAACAGGAUCAAUGUCCCUUAUGCCGUGCUGUGGCGCAGCUAAGUUACGGGGGAAAUACAUAUUCUAAGCUUCGAUUCUCUAAUGCACGUAAGCUGCAGUCCUUUGUUCUGAGAUACCCACAAAUAGCCAGGACUUCGUAUGAUCCGUAGCAAGUGAUAGUUUAUCAUGGCCGCGUAUCACAAGGUAUGGCCUUAAGAGCAGCGCCCUCCCUCCCUUACUGCUUUAGCGUACACCUUACCAUCUAUAUCUGCUCAACUGGAAAACAAGGGAAAAUAAUACAGGGCCACAUAAGAACAAUAAGAAAACCCAAACCAAAAUGGCACGGAAUACAGCAGAAACUCUCACGGCGCUUGAGGAGUAUUUAGCCAAGAGCCAACCUAGCAUCAAGAUCAUCACACCGUCGAGUCCCGAAUUCGAGGGCGUGCGCGCGUGCUUCGUAAAACGAGACGAUGCCGUGCCGAUCGCCAUCGUGCGCCCGCAGACCGCCGCUGACGUCCAGGCCUUGGUGAAGUACUGCGUUGAGAACGACGUCGACUUCGUUGUCCGCAGCGGUGGUCACGAUUGCGCGGGGCGAAGCCAGGUCCGUGGCGCCCUAACGAUCGACUUGCGCGAUAUUAAUUAUGUGCGCGUCAGCGAGGGCGAGAAGACGGCGAGUGUGGGCGGAGGCAUCAUCUUCAGGGACCUUACGAAGGAACUAGAUGCGAGAGGACUGGUUACGCCGGUGGGCACGGUUGCGAGCGUUGGAUACGUCGGCUGGGCUACUCUCGGUGGUUACGGCCCGUUUUCGUCGAGUCACGGUUUGGGUGUUGACCAAAUUGUGGGGGCUAAGGUCGUGAAUGCGAAGGGCGAGCUCAUUGACGCAGGGGACGAGCUAUUGAAGGGUAUCCGGGGAGGUGGUGGGAUAUUCGGCGUUAUUGCCGAGUUGACAAUCAAGAUUUAUCCUCUAAAAGAGAUGCUCGUAUCUCUUCUGAUCUUCGAUUCGAGCGACCUGAAGACGGCCUGGACGAAUUACAGCAACGGGUACGAGAAACUAGCUGCGGAGCAGCCCCUUCCAAGGGCUCUCCAGCUCCAGCUCUUCGGCAUAGAACUCCCUAAUCUCGGAAAAGUCUUUGCCGUAGGUACUACUUGGACGGCGGCCGACCACGAAGAAGGCAAGAAGUGGAUUAACAAAAUCGCUGCUCUGGGCCCUUGCCUGAUGAACAAUCCUGAGCCGCGGUCCGUCUCGGCGUACUGCGCAUUUAACGAGACGCUACUUACCUACGGUAGCUACGGGCGGGCAUACACUUUGAAUGUUAAGAAAUACACUCCGGAGUUGGCGGAGGUCCUGGCCAAGUACACGUCCUCGAUCCCGGGUGGCGGUAUUGCGCUCUCCCUCCACAUGUUACGAGCUCCAGAGGCGAGCGAGCACUCCGUCUUCGGAUCUCGAGUCGAGCACCAUAUGCUAGAGCUUGUGUCGACGACGCCAGUGAAAGACCUGGAGGUUAAAGGCGCGGAGUGGGCAGCCGCGUUGACGGGCGAAAUCAGGGAGGCCGACUCAGAAAACGUGAUGGAGUCAUCGUAUGUGUCGUUGUUGGAUAAUGACGACUCGGACUUUACGAAGAUCUACGGGGCGCAUUAUAAUACAUUGGUGGCGCUGAAGAAAAAGUACGACCCGGAUAAUGUAUUCAAAUAUGCUGUUCCUCGGUUAUCAGUGUGAUGGUCGGAUUGCUUCUGAAUAAGGCGGCCAUGGGUAGAUUUAGAGCAUCAUUGUUUCUUGGUCGAAAAGGAAUAAACAUAGAUAGAUGGAAAAUCCUCAAAAGGAUAGAGAACUACCCAUGGGUUGAUAUUAUGAUCACUCCUUUCUGAAA